ACAAUUGGUAGGCCUUUUGUACCAUCUACUACCAGGGCGACAGAUUGAUCUUCCACAGAUAUUCACAGAUAUGUCUAUAGAUAAAUAGUCAUUUUGGCUCUCAGCAAAAAAUGUCCACAAUAAUAACUGCGGCCCUGGUAGAGGGUAGGCCCUUUGCCCGGUUAGUGCAGGUACACUAGAACCGGAAAGAAGCCGUACAAAAGUCAACACUACUGCAUCGUCAUUUGUUAAUACGUGGACAGCGUCCAUCGUGCCUAUGAGUCGUCUGGGGUAAACAAAAACAUUUGCGUCACUCUUUCGGCUCGUUUCCUCUUUUUAAGUCCAGUUGGUGACUUCAUAUGCCGUGGUCGUGAUAUCAUCUCUUGAAAGUUAAGGCCUUUAUAAGCGAACUUUUAGUUUUAGGACUAAUGCAGCACGACUGCGGGAACUGAUAAAAAACUUGCGUCACCAGUACAUAUACCGGUAAGAGUUGGCCUACAGCUUUACAGGAGGUGUCAAAGGCAUUUUACCAACGCCUUUUAUCGUUUGUGGAAAUUUUACAUGAGGUCAGAGGUAUAUUAACAAAAGAUGGAAAUAGUAGAUUACGUGAUUGGUCUAGAUGUGAAGACGGUAGUUGUUGCCAGCCUGGCAUUUCUUCUAGCCAUGGUGUAUCUAAGACGGAGGAAGGGGAAUCUACCACCUGGACCCAUGCAAGUGCCUUUUCUUGGAAGCAUUUUCGCUCUCAAUAAGGAUGUUAGACUGUUCAAGGUGUGUGAAGAACUGGCAAAAACAUAUGGUGAAAUGACAACAGUUAGCUUAGGGUUGGCACUGGAGAAUCUUGUUGUUUUGAACUCUGCAGACGUGGUUCAUGAAGCUUUUGUAGAGAAGAAAGAAAUACUGGCAGGAAGAGAUACAAGUAUUUGGUCAUUUGGCUUCUUUACUGAAGGAUUUAAAGAUAUAGCAUUUGGUGACUUUGGUCCAAGCUGGAAGCUUCAAAGAAAAUUGGCACUUAAAGCUAUCAGGACAUAUGCCAUGGGGACUAAGUUGGAGCAACUAUUGAAGUCCUCCUACAGUGAUGUGGCAGCUUUAUUGGAGAAAGAGAAAGAACCUUUUUACUUUGGGGAGUACAUACAUUUAAUGCUGUAUAACAUUAUCUGUAGAAUGGCAUUUGGAAAAAGCUACAAAAUUGAUGACCCGGAGUUUCUUCAGUGGAGAAAAUUACUAACCUUGAUGGUAGAAGAUUAUUUCCAAAGUUUUCUACCACCAGAUUUGCUACCUCUGCUGGAGCAUGCACCAAUAAAAAGAGUAGCUUCGUUUAAAAAGAGUGUCAAGGAAUUGCAUGGAAUAGUCUAUAAGAAAUUAAAAGAGCACAAGGCAACUUUUGAUCCAGAUGCUGCUCCACGUGACCUAAUGGAUCAGCUGCUUUUAGCACAAAAAGAGUCUGAAGAGGAGGAAGGUGAAGAUACUAAGAACUUGCUGACAGACACACAUGUUGUGCAGACUGUAUUAGAUGUGUUUUUUGCUGGAACAGAAACCUCCUCAGAAACCCUGAAAUGGACACUUAUGUAUACAGCAGCUUAUCCAGAUGUUCAGGAAAAGAUGCACAAUGAAAUAUUGGAUGUUUUAGGAGGCAGUGAUGACCUUCUCAAAAGCAAAUCCAAGUUAACAUACUGUGAUGCUGUUUUGCAUGAAGUGAUGAGACUGAGGCCAGCAGUCCCAAUGUCUCUGUUUCACAAAGUCCUGCAAGAUACAAAACUGGGAAAGUAUGAUUUGCCGAAGGGAACCAUUGUCACUCCAAACAUAUGGGGAAUACACCAUGAUCCCGCAAACUGGGAUUCACCAGAAGAAUUCAGACCAGAAAGGUUCUUAGAUGAACAUGGCAACAUACAUGUGGAUUCUAAGAUAUGGCUUCCAUUCUCCAGUGGGAAGAGAAAAUGUCUUGGGGAAGCCCUGGCCAAAUCUGACAUAAUGAUGAUCAUGGCUUUGUUUUUCCGGGACUUCAAAGUGAGCUUUCCACCCAAUGUUACAGGAGACUUCGAACCUGCAGAUAAAAUCAUUGACUGCCACUGUAAACGUCAGAAACUGAUUAUUGAAAAGAGGAAAGGCUAGAUUUACACACACACACACACACACACACACACACACAAUAACAUAUAUAAUACUGUAUGAGUAUUCCAGGACAUGAAUAAUUUUAUAUUAAAUCUUUUUUAUUAACAUCAGAUCAUGGUCUCCAUUUACAUCUAAAUGUAUAAAUAUGAAUAUAAUAACCAUUAAAAAAUUUGCUAUAAAACAACUAUGGAUAUUGGAUGGAGUAACAUGUUGAUACACCAUGUUCCAAUCAUGUAUUGAUAAUUGUAGAAAUACUUGACUAAAUCUAACCACUGCUAUGGCACUCGAUUAAAUGUUGGUAACUACGAUACAUUACAUUUGUAAAGUACAAGAACUUGAAGGGUAAAUAUCAAGACAAUACAUGGUGGAGCUGAACACAAAGGAACCAAAAACACUGGCAUCAAAGGAGCAAUUGACUACAAAUUUGGUUUUUCUAGGCAGAACUUUAGACAUACAUUUCAAACCAUUUAGUGGAUUUUUUGCGAUGCUUACAUUUAAUUUAAUUAAGACACACUGUUUAGUACCUUCUCUUUUAUUAAGAAACACAUCAGUACAUUAAAUUAUGUACACAAUAUGACAUGUUUAUCGGUUUUUCUUUUAAGCCUCCAACUGUGACACUCUGGGGGUCUAGGAGUAACAUGCUAAGUAAUGACAGUUUACAGUAUAUCCAUUUAAUUUUUUGCAACGGGAUAUAUACAUUAACAAAUAUUUUGGUGCAAUUUCACCAUUGGGCCUAUAUUAAUCACUUGGGUGCCAUUAAAACUUUGAUUAUCACAUAAGUACCAAUGAACAAUAACAGGAUCGAUGGAUCAUGUGCAAACGUAAACACACAUAGAAAUAGAAUUCAGUGUAAAAAAUAAUGACAUUUACCAUUAAAGGUUAUAGAAUGAGAUUUAAAACUUUGGAAAAUAUACAGGCCCGUAGUCAGGGGGGGUUCGGGGGGUUCGAAAGAACCGCCCCUUUUGGUGGGAAAAGGUUCACUCUGGGUAAAAUUUGA